ACAACGUGCUUUGUUUUCCUUGAAUUAGGCUAAGACAAAAUCAGAUAAGAAAAGACGGGAAAUGGAGGAAUCGUUUUGGAAACAAGCUCAUGCUUCUCGUCAAGAGGUAUACAGUAUGCAUGCAGUACAGUAUAAGCCAAAUCAGUGUAAUUUGACGUGCAUGCAACUCGUGUGUUGUGAUAAAAAUUUCAGCCAGGUAAAAAUUGUUGAGUAAAACCCUGACCUGGACCAACCAGGACGAGAGCUGAUGAGAGUUGGCAAGAGAUUAAGAAUAUUUAAAAUACAAAUGUUCGUUUUUAUGUUAAGGCGGCUCAACAACGUCGUGAGGAUAAACAACGCGCAGAAAAAGAACGAAUGAUGAAUGAAGAUGAUACUGAGAAACAAAGGCGAUGGGAGGUACAGUUUAUAUUCUGUAACAGACCUGGAAAAAGUCGGAUUCUGGGUUUGCCUUUUUAGAAUUUUCCUCAAAAGUGCGUGAAAACAAUGGAAAAUUUGACCGUACAUUAUGUAUGCAAGAAGAAAGUAUAUAGUCGAGCCUCUAUUGAGCAGCCCACUAUAGAGAUUCAGCGGCCAGGUUUCUUAAAACCUUAAAAAUUCACAUCGAAAAUUCCAUCUACAAAAGCGGCCGCGGCCAUGCACCUUUAAAUAGUCCCGAUUGUUUUUUUCUGUUGCAUUUUAUCUCUAUUAAACGGCACGUACAGUACACUCACUUUAACGAAUAUUGAGAUUAGAUUGUUUCAUUUACCUAUAUGACAUUUCUUUAUUGCGUGUUGCCAUUACCAAAAUAUAUAUAUUGAGAACACUGCCUUGUAUUCGCGUGUCUCUCGUUUCCCGACAUUCGCAAGGAAUUUCCAAACCAUCAUUGCGGCCUUUUUAAAUAAAAACUUGCGGCCUUUCAUCCUCGCCUUCCUUAAAACACUAUUACGAGCUGUUAUUGUUAAUUUGAUAUUCUUGUCGUAGCUUAGUAUUGUUUUUUAUUUGAAUAAAUUGAAAUUUGAUAACGAAUUUUUGCGUACGUUCUUCUAUUAAGCGGCCACAUGAGCGCCGAGCCCCAUGCAAAGGGUGGCCGUUUAAUAGAGAUUUGACUGCACACUUGAAUGAUAUAAUGAUUCCUCAACGUGUGUAUGAAAAUGUGAAAAUGUUCCUUAUUCUUAUUCUUAUUAAAGUAAAGGCAAAUUUUUUCUCAGGAUCCCGAGAUCCCACUUUUUUCCUGGUCUGUGUCAAUCUCGUACCCAGAGCCAAAGAAUAAUCGACCCUGGGUACGAGAUUGAGUCUGUGCUGUAAAAAAAUAUACAACACCAAAUUUGCAUCUUAGGAUGAAAUGUCACAGAUAUACAGAAAUUCUCUGCAGUAUUCUCACUAGAAACACUCAAUAAUGUUUGUAAUGAAGGUUUCAAUCAACUCAGCCAAUUAGCGUGAGGUUAAUUAAAUGUGAUUAUACAAUUACUUUAUGGUUUCCGUGUUUGGAUGGCCUGAUCCAAACACGCGGGAAUGUUGCGAGAGUUAAGAAAAGCGAGCGAAAGCACGAGCCGAAGGCGAGUGAUUUUGCCCGCUUUUCUUAACUCGAGCAACAUUCCCAAGUGUUUGGAUCAGGCCAUCCAAACACGGAAACCAUAAAGUAAUUGUUUUAUAAAAUAACAACAACACACGAUAAUCUUCCGUGUUUGGAUGGCCUGAUCCAAACACAGGUUUCGACCAAUCAGAACACGCGUUAUAUACAUGUUAUUUUAUAAUGGCUGAUCAAAGUAUGGCCUAUGUUUUUAAUAAACAUGAAAGUUUCAUGUGGGCAUAUAUAGACUUGCCCACAAGUCAAUUUCGAAUAGCGAGCGGCGAAGCCGCGAGCCACGAAAAAAAAUUGGAACGGACUUUGGGAAAGUCUAGUGGGCAUAGGCCUACUAAGACAUUUUUUAUUUUUUGUUUGUGACCGUUUAUCCUUGAAAGCAAAAGACGGUAAUUUAGAAUUCAGUUUUUUUAAACGUUCAAGAGCGAAUCGUUUCGCCAUGUUGUGCACUGGCAUUUCGCGUAGUAGUCUUCUGGUUGCGUGAUAGUUUGUAGUACACAAUAACAAUUUAUAAUAAUAAACCAUUUUCCCCAUUUCAGGACAAAUUACACAAGAAAGAAAUGAAGAAACGAAAUCCUGCAUACAAGAUGAAACAAUUAAAGGCCAGAGCGUAAUAAAACUGCAUUGCACUAAAAACUAAUUCGGUACUUGUCAUGGUUUGCCACGUUAAUGUUUUUAACUUAUACAAUCAAUAAUCUAACAUCUGUUUAAUAAAAGUCCGUCUGCUAUUGUGCAUACUAAA